AAAUGAGGUGCCGCCUGAUUGGCUUGGUUGCUACCACGUGACCGCGUCACUGGAGUUUCCACGACAGCUGGAAGCUCUACGAUCCGGCCGCCUCAGUCAUAUAAUAUAUUUAUACAUCUAUAUACACAAUAGAACUGUAUACACAUAGCAAUAUUUUUGCCCAACAGUUUAUACUGAGCGAUUUUUUUACGUAAACGAGCAAGCGUGCAAAGAACAUGGGAGACAAGAAGAGUCCGACCAGGCCAAAAAGACAGCCCAAGCCUUCCUCUGACGAAGGAUACUGGGAUUGCAGUGUGUGCACGUUCAGGAACAGCGCCGAGGCUUUCAAGUGCAUGAUGUGCGAUGUCAGGAAGGGCACAUCGACACGGAAACCACGUCCUGUAUCUCAGUUGGUUUCACAGCAAGUAACCCAGCAGUUUGCACCUCCUACACAGCCAAAGAAAGAGAAAAAAGACAAAGCAGAAAAGGAAAAAAGUGAGAAGGAAACUGCACUCAAAAAGAACAGUCACAAGAAAACAAGUACGUUGAACAUGAUACAUCAGACAGAUGAGCUUCUCUUCUAUUUGAGGCCAAGAUUAAAAAACGUGGACAGAAGCAGUGCUCAACAUUUGGAAGUGACAGUAGGAGACCUGACUGUUAUUAUCACAGACUUUAAGGAGAAAACAAAGUCCACACCUGCUUCCAGUGCUACGUCUGCUGAUCAGCACAGCCAGAGUGGCUCCAGUUCCGACAACACAGAACGAGCAAUGUCCAGGUCAUCAUCUCCUCGGGGAGAAGGAUCAUCAGUAAAUGGAGAAUCCCACUAAACAUGCCACUUAACUUUCAUUAGUCAGUUUUGGUCAUCACAAUGUAAAAUGUAUGCCAAGAUAUAUCGCCAGAAGUUGAAAUUUAGCCAAGAAAACAGGAUACACCAUAUUUUCAUGACAUGCGGGAAUAGUAGUGCAUACAGUCUUAAAGCCUUUUUAUGCACUGGAGAGCUUAAGCUUCCAAAAGAGUGUAACUUUGUACUUUAAGAUGUGGUAUCAAUUUUUUUCACCCUUGAUGUGUAUGGAAUACGAUGUAAAAAGCUCUUGAUGUUUCCAGAAGUAGACCACUCUUUAAGUGUCAUGUAAAUGUGGUAGUAUUUUUCUUUGAAUCAGUGUUAUAAUAUCACUAUUCAGUUUUACCUUUUUGCUUUGUAACCCAGUUUCCCACCUGGCAUGAAAUGCAUACAAAUCUAGGAAAAAAAGUGAAAGACUGUCUAACAUGCAUACCAUUUUAAAACAUACAAUGUAUAGCAACCAGAUGUAUAUGCACAAUGCCAUUAGUAUGUGAAGUAAUAGCAGCAGGUUAUUUAUGUGCACAAUGGCAUUAUAAUAUGAUCUAAACAUAAUAGCUGCAGAUCCUGUACGUAGUCAUUUUUAUUACACCGGCUGGCACUUGGUGUGGUUAAACCAGAGCCUGUUCAAUGAAGUUGAAACGCAAAAUGAAAAAAACGAGUGUAUGUAUAUCAAUUUUAUAAUUGUUUUACAGCACACAUGCCCCUUUGUGUUGCUGCUUUUAAUGAGCAGUCUUAUUGUAUGUAAAUGAACACCUCACAUAACGCAUAUUGUUUUAAUGUCAAUACAAAGGUUUAUAAGUAAAAGAAUGUUUAGAGAUUGGUUUAUAUCUUGAUCUUCUUCCCACUCAUUUUAUAUUAUAAAUGUUAGUUUGUUGUUCCUUACAGUGAUUUAUAUCGCAGAUAUCACACAAUUCAAUUAAAACUAUAGACAACUUAGUAAAAAUGCAUCUUAAACAUGAAAUUGCUAUGGUGUCUAAGUUAUUCUUCAAGCAUACAUUUGAUUCCUUAAAUAUUUUGUCAGGUUCAAUAUUUUGCAGAACACUGAGAAUAUUUUAAUGUUUGUUUCUUUAUUACUUAUUGCUUAAAAUGUCAACUUGAACUAUGUGUGUUACAUGUAUUGUCAUUUCUGCCGAAUUUCUAAUAUUUUUGGCCUAAUUAAGGAGUUUUUGUUUUGACUUAUUAUUCAGUUAUAUUCAAUUGUUAAACUUCUAAAGGACCACGGCACCUUUUUUGUUGAAUUUGUGAAAAGUUUAAAUUCAUAAAUGAAGAGCUACUUUAAAUUUUCACAUUUAAUCAAGUUUUUUUUUUUUUUUUUUUUUUUUUUUAUGCAAAACAUUUAAUCCCAGAAUUUUGUUAAUGAUGUUUGUCAUGACUUGUUGCAUUUGGUGGCAUGCUUUUGCUAGUCUCAAACCUUAUUAUUGUAUUUUACCAUUACUUGGUGGAAAAAGUGGUGCUACUGCUGUGUCUUUAUGUGACGAACACUUAAGCCUAAAAUAUUUUAAAAUAUAUACAUAAAAAAAAUCUGGUAAAAUCACUAAAUGUUUCAAAGAAAUCUUAAGAUCACAAAGCAAAAUGGCACAAGAAGGCAUGUGAAAAAUUUAAUGAAAUCCACCAUUUUUGUUGCUUUAUUGCAUAAAGGCAAUCUGUAAACAA